GGGUGGCGUGUUCGGACCCUGGGCUCACGCUCCUGCAUUCUUCCAUCAGCCGAGAGCGAGACGUUGCCGUAGAGGAGAGUGUCCGAAUUGCCACCUAGCUGUUUAAGUCCCCUUGACCUGAGCUGGGACAAAUUCGACCCUUGCCCUGCUAUAGGGGGUCGGUGGCGUGAUUUUGCUGCGACCAGAGGGCUGGAGUUGAUGACGGGCUGACUCAGCUUCUCGAGCGGUGGUUUGCAAUUGGCUGUACAUGAGAAACAUUGUUUAAAAAACUUAAGUUUCACCUCCCCCACAUUCAGUAUGGGGGAGAAGUCGGAGAACUGGAAGGUUCCAGAGGACCUGCUCAAUGGUUUGAAGGUUACAGAUCCCCAGGAAGCAGAGAAUGCCAGCCCUCAAGUUCCUGAUCCCAAAGGCCAGCAUUCCCAGAGCAAGCCACUCGGGGAGGAUGAGGCUCAAACCCAGGAGGACCAGGGAGAGGAGGAGUGUUUUCAUGACUGCAGUGCCUCCUUUGAGGAGGAGUCAGGAGUGGAUAAGCUUGCCAACAGAGCUGAUGAUGAUGGGAAUUCCUCUGAACUGGAUGAAGAAUAUCUGCUAGAACUGGAAAAAAACAUGCCAGAUGAAGAGAAACAGAAAAGAAGAGAAGAAAGUGCUAGGCUAAAGGAGGAGGGAAACGAGCAAUUUAAGAAAGGAGAGUAUGUAGAGGCUGAAAGUUCUUAUAGUCAAGCCCUUCAGAUGUGCCCAUCUUGCUUCCAGAAAGAUAGAUCCAUUCUUUUUUCCAAUAGAGCUGCUGCAAGGAUGAAACAGGACAAGAAAGAGACGGCCAUCAGUGACUGCAGCAAAGCAAUUCAAUUAAACCCCAGUUAUAUCAGGGCAAUAUUGAGGCGAGCAGAGUUGUACGAGAAAACAGAUAAGCUAGAUGAAGCCUUGGAAGACUACAAAUCUAUAUUAGAAAAAGAUCCAUCAAUACAUCAAGCCAGAGAAGCUUGUAUGAGAUUACCUAAGCAAAUUGAAGAACGUAAUGAAAGACUAAAAGAAGAGAUGUUAGGUAAACUGAAAGAUCUUGGGAACUUGGUUCUCCGACCUUUUGGGCUCUCCACAGAAAAUUUCCAGAUCAAGCAGGAUUCCUCUACUGGUUCCUACUCCAUCAAUUUUGUGCAAAAUCCAAAUAAUAAUAGAUAA